GGUCGGUCGGUCGGUGGCAGGUGGUCCGAACAAAAAUUCACGCAUCAGCGUGUCAACAGAGGGCGUGCUUCAACAUUAUGACAACCCAGUAAAAUGGCUACGUCCGUUUAUCAGAGAGGUACUAAUGGGAAUUUGUCUAUGCUUGAGAAGUCUCUGGAAAGACGCCGUGUGAAUAAAGAACACAAUAGUAACUUCAGAGCAGGUCAUGUGCCAGUGCAUGAAGAGCAUUUGCAUAAGACUGGGCUCAGAGGGAGAAAGCGAUAUUUUGCUUACUGCUUCUUGGCUUUAUUGUAUAUCACUGCAAUCGGUAAUUUAGCUGUAACAGCCUUAGUGAUAUGGGUUCUUCAGUUGGAUCACAACGGAUUGCCUUCUCUGCAGUUUCUUCGAGGUGGACUUGUACGCUUCUCUCAAGAAACCAACGCAGAGAAAAUCAAGAGCAGCAAUGGACACAUUGGUAGUUUCCUGGGACGGGAUAUGCAAAUCAGUGCUCAAAACGCAUCAGUACACAUUGGUGCAGGUAGCAGUUUGAAAACAAGUGUUGAAGUGAAAGUUGGAGAGACCGUUAUGAGAGGUCAUAAAGGUCUGAAGGUCAUCAACCCACUGUCUGGUGCCGUUAUCUUCCAUACUGACAAAGACAAGGAAGUUAUUGCUCCAACCAGUGCCUACACACUACAGUCGCUACAGAUUACUUCUCCUCAGAUUGUAAGCAGUGCAAAGGAAGACCUGGUGAUUCAAUCAGAGGCACCUGUUGGUUUACAUGGCAGUGAAGCAGUCAAUGUUUUUGCUAAACAAUUGAAUUUUAAAGCACAGGAUAUCUCAAUAGAAUCGAGGUCUACAUUAAUCCUUGAUGGCAGUGGUGGUCUCUAUCUCAACUCAACUUUGAUUCCUAAAGCUGCAAGAGGUGUAAUAAAUCGACCAAGAGCUUCUGUGUACAAGCUUUGUGUAUGUAAAACAAGUGGGAGAAUAUUCCAAGUACCAGUGCAAUCUAACAUUCAACACCCAUGUGCUAACUUGGAAAGUACAGUGGCCCUGUGUAAAGACCAGUAGUUCGGAUUUUAAACAACCUUAGUAGCAGAGUUUUAGAUUAAUGUACCAAAGUAGAAAAUAGUUUAUAGGACUGUCAUCCAUACAAUAACAUCUUUGUAUCAUGUAAAUCGAAUUUACACAAAAGGUUUUAUUUGUGAUUUGUUUACUCUGUGGUAUUCUUAUCAAAACAAUGUGCAAUUUUAUAUAGCUAAUUUAUUUAUGUUUGUUAUAAAGUCCGUAGCUUAGCUCAUAUUCUCACUGUAAAUAUAUAAAGGAUGGCAACUAAAAGUACACAAAAUAGAUGCAUGCAAAUUGAUGCAUGUGCGUGAAUGAGACGCAAACUUUUUUUUUUAAUGUUCUUAAUUUUGAGUUUACCGAUAACAAAGAAAAGUUGUAUAGAGCAAGGGUUUGCUCACAAACAUGGAUGCAUUCUUAUGGCUUCAAAUCACCAGCCGUCGAUUUCACCAAACUCUUCCUGUUUUGGGAUUAAUCUUAUGACUUAGGAUGAGUCAAGUUCCGCGUUCCGCAUCCAAAGACAAAGGACGCAUUGAACCCAUCCCAAGUUAGGACGGGUUACUCAUCCUAACUAGAGAUAGGAUUAAUCCUAGCGUUUUGUGAAAUCGGUUGCAGGCAAGUUAAUGUUCUUGUAUAAUAUUAUCAGUCACGCUAAUUAGUGUUUAAGAAACUAUUACAAGUUAGGUCUUGAAAUUUGCUGAACUUUGAAUGGUAAUUAAUUAUUCGACAAACACUGUUCAACCAAAUAUUUCCAUUUCUAACCCAUCUGUUUGUAAUAUGACCAACAAUAUGAACCACAUUUAAAAUAAGAAAGUUACAGAUUUGUAAAGCUUAAAAAACUCUUUUUUCUUAAACUUUUAAAAUAACUUCUUCACCCUUUAACUGUUAGUGUAAAACAAAACGGCCCAUGCAUGUACCUGUAUUUCGCAUUACUGUAUACAGAAAAUGGAAUAAAUUAUAUGCUGAAUGGAAUUA